AUGGCCGACCAGGAGCGAGGUGGCGUCGGAAUCCGAGCUGGUGGAGGAGAGGGGAGCCGGAGCAAGGAGGCGCCACCGUCGCGCGGGGAGUGGGCAGCCCGGGGGAAGGGGACCAAGGGGGAGAGGGAUGGGAGGGGCAGAGGAGGGCGGAGGAGGGCGGCCGGAGUGGGGACGGAGGGAGAGAGGGUGAGCGGCGAGGUACCUGGCGGCGACGACGGGAACGGAGCAGGGCGAGAAGCUCGUACUUUUUUCGGGAGAGGAGAGAAGGAGAGCGACCCGUCUCGAUUCAGAGCGAAUAUGGAGGUCGAGAGCUUCGAAUUGGGCGACGGCCAAAGUUGCCCCGCGCGGGCCUGUGCUUAG